GAUAGCCCGCACCACAAACCAAAAGAAAUUGCCAGAGACAUUCUUCGUGAUUUUGGGCUUGAGCUGAACUAUGCACAAGUAUGGCGUGGAGUUGAAGAUGCUCGGCAGCAACUUCAGGGUUCAUACAAAGAAGCAUAUGGUCAGUUGCCUUGGUACUGUGAAAAGAUAGAGGAGGCAAAUCCUGGUAGUUUUACACAGCUUCUCAUUGGAGAUGAUAGACGAUUUCAGCGUCUUUUUAUAUCCUUUCACGCUACAGUUUAUGGUUUCCAAAGUGGGUGUCGUCCACUGCUUUUCCUUGAGGCCAUCCCAUUGAAAUCAAAAUACCAUGAAACUCUGCUCACUGCCACUGGACUGGAUGGUGAUGAUGGGAUUUUCCCUGUUGCAUUUGCUGUUGUAGACAAUGAAAAUGAAGACAGUUGGAAUUGGUUUUUGGAGCAGUUGAGAUCUCAAGUGUCGACCUCUUGUCCUCUAACCUUUGUCUCUGAUAGAGAUAAAGGAUUAAUGAAGCAUGUGCUUGAAAUAUUUGAGAAUGCUCACCAUGGUUACUCUAUAUACUACUUGAUGGACAGCUUCAUUCAAAACUUAAAGGGACCAUUCCAUGGAGAAGGGAGAGCUUCAUUGCCUGGUUGUUUCUUGGCUGCAGCAAAAGCAGCCCGACUUGGUGGUUUUAGGAUGUACACAGAGCAAAUUAAACGUGUUUCUUCAAGUGCUUAUGAUUGGAUUAUGCAAAAUGAGCCUGAAUACUGGGCAAAUACAUUUUUCAAGGGUGAGCUUUAUAAUCACAUAACACUCAACAUUGCAGAGUCAUAUGCUAACUGGAUAGAGGAAGCACGUGAACGACCCAUCAUGCAAAAGAUAGAAGUAUUAAGAUGUAAAAUCAUGGAAUUAAUGGAAAGUCGACGAAUGGAAUCAAGUAACUGGACUACGAAACUUACACCAUCAAAGCAGGAAAUGUUACAAGAAGAAUUUGCAAAAGCACGUGGACUGAAAGUAUUAUUCUCAUCCGACACCCUAUUUGAAGUUCAUGAUAGUUCCAUUAAUGUUGUGGAUAUUGUUAAACAACACUGCAGUUGUGCUAUGUGGAAACCAACUGGGCUUCCUUGCCAUCAUGCGAUUGCUGUCUUUAACUGCACAGGUAGGAAUGUGUAUGAUUAUUGUUCAAGGUACUUCACAGCAGAUAGCUUCCGAUCAACAUAUUCCGGUAGCAUAAAUCCUACUUCGACCAUUGCUUAUUCCGGUGGAGAUGAAGAUCAUGAAGAAGAUGAUGAGCAGAUAUUGCCUCCAAUCGCACAACCAUUAGGCCAACAGCAGAAGAAGUUUAAAUGGAACAAAAGCCAGGGAAUUAUCAGAAGAUCCGUCUGUUGCACUCGGUGCAAAGGAGUCGGGCACAAUAAGGUUUCAUGCAAGGCAAGCUUUUAGGGAGCAUUUACCUUAUGUGUGUAUGUAUAACGCUGUACAGCUUUCAUGGUUGCUUUAGGUAAUUUCCAGCUACUUUGAAUAACAAUCUCCAUGGACUUAACUACAUUAGCAUGCCAUGAAUAGUUGUCUUGUUCUUUGAAGUUGCAUUUAUGUAUUAGGCUAAAGUACUUGGACUUUGUUGAAUUGUGUUUGGAUCGAGUCAUUCAAGUCUUUUCUCUUUAUUACAUUUUUCAUGUUUAGUACUUGGAUUAAUUGCUGUUUGAU